CGGUCGGCUCAGGUUCUCACGGGGAGAAGACGGGCGCCCGGGCAGCUGGCGGCACCUGCCGGAGAGGUUUUUUUGGGCUCCGUCGCUCCGCUCCCUGCGUGCGCCUCGGUCUCCAAUAGAGGGGGCAGCGGGAACUUAACGAGAAAGGCCCGGCAGCGGUUACCAAAGGCGUAACGGAGGGUGAUCGCCGGGUCUGGUCCCUCUCCUCACUUCUCCUCCUCCAGGCACUCCCCCCCUCCAAUGAAUGGGGACGGACGACGCUAACUAGCACCGAAGCGCAAGAAAGCCUGCGGACACUUGGGGAGGUGUCGACUCCCUCUGGAAAAGGGAGGGGGACGGGGAGGCGAUCGGGCUUAGCCCGCAGCCACGCGCAGGCACCAUGAUGAUGAUGACUUGUGGUUGGAGGCGGCGGUGAAGGAGAACCGACGCGGGGUUUCACCAGCGAUCGUGUGCGUGUGGCCUCGGGACUGGGGGGCGAGAAGCGUCUGGAGGGAUAGCCGUUCAUUUGCCUCCCCCCACCUCCCUUCUCUUGCUUCUUUCUUGGAAUCCCUCCCGGAGGGGGGGACACAGAAGGUGCUUCUUCCUCCCCCCCCACACACACCCACACACACCCAAGAGGCAGGCGAAGCCAUCCUGUGUGUGUUUUACCCUCGCGCGCUCCCCGCGUGAGGCUCUUUUCCUCGUCUUGCUUUCUUCCUUAUUGAGUGAAAUCGGCGCGACUGUUUUCCAGGAUGCUGGGAAGAUCGAAGUGAGAAAUUCUCCGCUUGCUCUUGUUUCUUCUCUUCCUUUUUCUUUUUUUCAGAGCAGCUGCUCUUGCUGUUGUUACUCCUGGGGAACGGAGGAGAGAGAGAGAGAGAGAGAAGGGGUGAAAGAGAGAGGGAUCUAGGGUCUUGGCAAAUUCAAUGGAUAUGAACUUGGGGGCUUCGGAAUCUGGCUGGCUUGGAAUAUCUGCGCGCUGUUGAUCGCCUUCUGGAGUGGCAGAAGCAAGCUCGUUCUGAGGAAGGACCUGCAAAAGACAGAUCAAGAUGUCUCUGGCCACCUUAUACUUCCUUCUGCCCUUAAUGGAAGUUCUUUUGUCCUCAGAAGUGAGCGGACUGCUCGGAGGAGGAGGAGGGGACCGUCUAGAUUGUGUGAAAGCCAACGACCAGUGUCUCAGGGAGCAGAGCUGCAGCACGAAAUACAGGACGCUGAGGCAGUGCGUUGCCGGCAAAGAGAGCAACUUCAGUCGGGCGACAGGCCUGGAGGCCAAGGACGAGUGCAAAAGCGCCAUGGAGGCUCUGAAGCAGAAGUCUCUUUACAAUUGUCGCUGCAAGAGAGGCAUGAAGAAGGAGAAAAACUGCCUCCGUAUCUACUGGAGCAUGUACCAAAGCUUACAGGGAAAUGACUUGCUUGAAGACUCACCUUAUGAACCAGUUAACAGCAGGUUAUCAGACAUUUUCAGGCUAGCACCAAUUGUUUCAGUGGAGCCUGCCAUUUCAAAAGGAAACAACUGUUUGGAUGCAGCAAAAGCCUGUAACCUAAACGAUACCUGCAAGAAAUUCCGGUCGGCUUACAUAACCCCUUGUACCAGCAGUGUGUCUAGUGAUGUCUGCAAUAAGCGAAAGUGUCAUAAGGCCCUGAGGCAAUUUUUUGACAAAGUCCCCCCGAAGCACAGUUAUGGGAUGCUCUUCUGCUCUUGCCGAGAUGUGGCGUGUACAGAGAGGAGGCGGCAGACUAUUGUCCCUGCAUGUUCAUACGAGGACAGGGAGAAACCAAACUGCCUGAAUUUGCAAGAGACUUGCAAGACGAAUUACAUCUGCAGAUCUCGCCUUGCAGAUUUUUUCAUGAACUGCCAACCUGAGUCACGGUCUGUUAGUAGCUGUCUGAAAGAAAACUAUGCUGACUGUCUCCUCGCUUACUCUGGACUUAUUGGAACAGUUAUGACACCAAAUUAUUUAAACUAUAACAGUCUCAGCGUCGCUCCAUGGUGUGAUUGCAGCAACAGCGGAAAUGACUUAGAAGAAUGUCUAAAAUUUCUGAAUUUCUUCCAGGAUAAUAUAUGCCUUAAAAGUGCAAUUCAGGCCUUUGGCAAUGGUACAGAUGUGAACGUGUGGCAGCCCUUCUUACCUGUCCAAACGACCACUGCUUUAACUACAACGGCAUACAGAUCGAAGACUCUAGGAUCUGAGAACACCAACAAUGAAAUACCUACUAACAAUGACUUACCAGCAUGUGCCAAUCUCAAGGUGCCAAAGCAGAGCUUCAAUGAAUCUGUAGUGACGGAAUUGUGUGUGACUGGGAAUGCAAUCGGGAAGGAAAGCGUGGCAGGGGGCUCCACCAGUCACAUAUCCUCUGAAAAUUCCGCUACUCUUCGUUUAAGCAUCAGGCCAAGCACACUGCUCAUGCUGAUGGCAACUGCACUCUCGUUCUGCUUGUGCCCACGUUCAGCAGAAACCUGGUAUCUGCUUUAACAAAAGGACCUGUACAAAGCCAAAAAGGAAAGGAAGUCGAGCUUUUUCCUGUCCUCCUCCAUUGUUGAUCUAAAAUUACACUUCUAGAAUUUAAGUUGAGGCACUCUGAUAAAACAAAAUAUAGUUCUGGAUCAUCAUCGUUGUCGUCAUAUUGUAUUGUUAUUAUGAUUGUUAUUACUUUCUUAUUUUCAAAGGAAGCUUCUUGUGACACUUAGGAGCUUUGUGAGAUACUUGAUGCAGUCCUACAUUCCAACUCCAGAAGGUUUUUGGACAUGGCAAUGUUUUCAAAAAGGUGGAAUGUCAAUUUGCAUGUAAAACAUCCAGGUUUGAUCAUUUCCCUCCUCCUUUCCCUUUCCUUUGCUGUUUUGAUUCUACCGAAGAAGAAAAAGGCCAUGUUCCUUUUCCACUGUAAUGUGGGGCACAAUCAACCAGGAAGUUGGCCUGUGCCAUACGAGGCCCAUGGCAUAUCUGCAGAUCCCAGUUGUUUUGGUAUUAGGUGAGGGUGGAGGUACACUUUAAUCACAAUUCAUGCCAAAACUGUUGCUUCUGGUAGGGGUAGACAUGUUCCCAGAGUGAACUGAGGACCCAAUGUUUUCUGGCAGGUUUGGCCCACUCUGGAAAAAGACAUGAAAUGUGGAGAGACAGGGAAGGAUGGCAUCGUGCAUAGCAUUACAUGCCACACCCUCCACCUAGACAUUUCUGGCACACUGAGGUAUUGGUGUGAUCCCUGCCCCCCAACACGCCACAAAGAAGAAAAGGGAGGCCUUGUGUAAGGAACACUCCGUUGGAUUUUAGCCUUGAUUAUUUUAUUAUCAUGACUAUUGUUUUCAAAUUAUAUAUAUUUUGAAAUAACAAAGGAGCAGGCUGUUGACACAUGUUGAAUGUCUUCCUAGAGAGUGAAAUUUUAUGAAACUCCUUCAUGUUUAUAGAUGGUUACCAAUGUUUUAAUGUUUUGCAUUCUCUUCCAUGUUUAUAUAUGUACGUGGUUUUGCAGUCCUUGCUGAGAAGCCAUUGUAAGUCAUAUACUAGUAUAAGGCACAUAUUUUCUUCAAAAUUUCUGCAGAAAUAGACUGCGAUAUUAAACUUUUUAACAUUGCGUUUAUUUUUCUGAUUACAAUCAUUUAGCCUUAAGAAGAGGUACAAGAAUAAUCCUACAUUAACAAGAAACAACUGUUGUGAAUAUUUCAGUAACCUAAGAUUAUUUUAUCUUUCUGGGGAUAUAUUUAAAGAAAUAGAAACUUGUUUUUGUUAAAGGACUUCAAUUAUUCAAUUGUUGGUCUUCUUUAUUGUAAUUAUACAGCUUAGU